AUGAGCGAGCGCUAUUAUAGACAGAUCCACGAAUCCGGGGAUCUCCUGAUCGUUCUGACACCCCCUACAGAGCCAUUCGCCCUGUGGCAGGAUAAAAAGGAAAGCGAAACCAAAACAGAUCCCGGAGCAGCAAAACAAGCCGCAGAAGAAACUGACGAGAAGAGUUCCGCCAAAGACACCAAGACAAUUCAGCCGGAAUACACUUUUUUGGUUUCUUCUCAUAUCCUCCGCCACGCAUCGCGCCUUUUCGAAAAAGAUCUUGAUCCGGAUGGCCCUUGGAAGCAACCGGAGGUCCAAACUGACGGCUUGCGGCAUAAACAUCUAGAAGACUUUGAUCCUCAGGCGUUAAGUCACGUCCUCAAUCUGAUACACUUCCGAACCACACAAGUGCCAGACAAGCUUGAGAUGGAAACGCUAGCUGAAGUGGCCGUCAUUGUGGACUACUUUCAAUGCCACGAGGCCAUGCGCUUUGCGGUUCAAUCUUGGAUCACGGAGCCGAUUACCAUCACGGUGAUUCGUGACUUGAAGUUCGGACGGACCUUAAUGUUGUGGCUUCUUAUUGCUUCCGUGUUUAAGGUUCAAACCAUCUUGAAAAGAGCUAUCACGAUCCUUGUGGAAGAAGGUACAGGGCCGUUUGAUGCCCUGGACCUCCCGAUCUCGCAGAAUGUCAUCUCUGUGAUCGACAAAGGCCGAGAAGCAAUCAUCAACACGCUUUUAAACAGCAUUUACCAGUUUAAGAACGACUUGUCAGACGGUAAACUAUCUUGUUCAUUCAUCUGUGACGUGGUGCAUCUUGGCGCACUGCAGAAACAGUUGUGUUCUGCGGCUCUAUAUCCUCGCCCCGGCGGUACGAAGAGAGUGCAAAAAGAUAUCCGGUUGAGGCAGUUCAGUGUUCUGGUUGCAAUAUACGCUCGCGGCGGUCGAAUUUAA